AAAGUGAUUGGACUGUACAUUCACAUUGUUAUUACUCAAAAACCACUGUGAAAAGAGAACUUCAUAUCCCCCUGGUGAGUGGCUGAGAUGCAUAUAAUGUUCAUGCACUGUAAUAAGGGGAGGAGAAAAGGGUUGUGCCGUGUUGUCUUAAACAAUAGCUGGCUUAGAACAUAUCAUUGUGGCUGUCAAAACUUGUUUUCUGAUGAGCACAGAAAGCAUUUGGCCUUCUCAGGAAUGUUUGCUGUACCAGUGCUAAUACUACCAUCUUUGGCAACAUUCCCAUGUUCAGCAUCUUGUUACGUUGGUCAUUUUUUAUCCCAUGUUUCUUGAUGACUUCUUGGGGUUGAAUUCUUUUUCCUUCCCUCCUGGAAACUGCUGGAGACUAUAAACAUCUUUGACCACAAUGAGUUGGAGUUUCUUGACACGUCUACUAGAGGAGAUCCACAAUCAUUCCACGUUUGUUGGGAAGAUCUGGCUGACGGUGCUGAUUGUAUUCCGCAUUGUCCUCACUGCUGUGGGAGGGGAAUCCAUCUAUUAUGAUGAACAAAGCAAAUUUGUUUGCAAUACAGAACAGCCAGGUUGUGAAAAUGUGUGCUAUGAUGCUUUUGCCCCCCUCUCUCAUGUGAGGUUUUGGGUAUUUCAGAUCAUCCUAGUCUCUACUCCCUCAGUAAUGUACUUAGGCUAUGCUGCUCACAGAAUUGCCCGGAUAGUGGAACAUGGUGAAAUGGGACGGAAGUUACGAAGCAAACCUUUUCUAAUGCGCUGGAAACAACACCGGGGUUUAGAAGAGGCAGAAGAUGAUAAUGAGGAAGAUCCAAUGAUGUAUCCAGAGAUUGAGGUAGAGAGCGAACGAGAGAACAAGGAAAAUCCAUCCCUCACAAAAAUGAAACAUGAUGGUAGGAGGCGAAUCCGAGAAGAUGGGCUUAUGAAGAUUUAUAUCUUUCAACUCCUGAGUAGGACUAUGUUUGAAAUUGGCUUCCUGAUAGGCCAGUAUUUACUCUAUGGAUUUGAAGUCAGUCCAACAUAUCUUUGUAGCAGAGAUCCAUGUCCCCAUACAAUUGACUGCUUCAUUUCAAGGCCCACAGAAAAAACCAUAUUCCUGCUCAUCAUGUAUGGUGUGAGUGGUCUGUGUUUACUUCUGAACAUCUGGGAAAUGCUUCACUUGGGAUUUGGCACCAUUCGGGACGCACUGAACAGUAAGCGGAAGGAGCUGGAAGAUUCAGGAACUUAUCAUUAUCCUUUUAUUUGGAAUACACCAUCAGCUCCUCCAGGGUACAAUAUUGCAGUGAAACCAGACCAGAUACAGUACACAGAACUGUCUAAUGCCAAAAUAGCACAUAAGCAGAAUAAAGCCAAUAUUGCCCAAGAACAGCAAUAUGGCAGCAAUGAGGAGAACAUUCCCACUGAACUGGUGAAUCUCCAGCGAGAAAUCAAAGUAGCUCAGGAACGCUUAGAUCUUGCCAUCCAUGCAUAUAAUAAUCAGAAUAAUCCAUCCUGUUCCAAGGAGAAGAAGCCCAGAGCCAGCUCAAACAAAAGCAGCGGCAGUAGUAAAUCAGGAGACGGGAAAACCUCUGUUUGGAUUUGAUGCUGUUCACUUGAGAGGGAAUGCUGCCUUUCAUAGCCUGUUAUAUCUAACGAAUUGGGUGCGAAUUUCCAGUAAAAAAAUAAUUGGCCUUGUUAAAGUUCAGGGAUAUUUUGUGCUGCUAAAUGGUACUGUCUAAAAGAACAGAAGAGAAAAGUAUUUAUGCUCACAUUCUGAUGUUUCCAAAACAUGUAUUCAUGUUUCUUCCAGAUCUGGAGAAGUCCCAGGGUUUUUUUUUUUAUAUAUAAUUAUUUUUGUUGAACAGUUUACACUGUAUGUACAGUAUUAGGGUACAUUUUAUUAUGCACAUUUUUGUAUUUGUAUAUUGGAUACCUUAGUUAUACAUUUUAUAUUAAAAGGAAUCAAAUAGGAAUUUUCAACAUUUUUCUAAAGUUUUCCUCCUCAUAUUUCAUAGAGAUGCUGAUCUAUUCUGAGUUUUAUAGAAGUUUGAAUUAUGGAGCAAAUACUUCUGGAUGACUGUUAUGAACAAAGAUGUAACCACUUCUGCAUUCCUGUCCCAGCCAAAUAAAUUCAACUUUAGUUUAGUGAAAAAUUUCUUUAGAUGCAGUCAGAUUUUCUUCCUGUAGUGGGUAUCCUUGAAUCUGAAUGGACAAAAAAAUUGGUUUGAAUUUCAAACUGGCUGCUUCUGGCACAUAUCCUUGCAUUCGGUGUGUGAAGCUGUUCCAAGGAAAAAGUGUUGGGAAUUGACAAUAUUUCUCUGAAUAAAAAAAUGUAGGAGUUCAACCACUGGGAAAAUAAAGUUUCAUGUAACUGAUGGUUAUUUUAAAACAUCUGAUAUUGUAAAGCAGGGACAGCAAUUUUGUACUCCAGGUAUUUUGUACUUCAACUCCCAUAUUACUGACUCGUGUUGGUUGGAAUUACAGUCCAAAAAUCUAAAGAGUGCUAGGUUGCCUAUGCCUGAUUUAGGGAUGACUUCAUCACCUCCUGAUCUUGGAAACAAUUUAAACUUUUGAUAAAAGUUAAGCAAGUCAAACUUGUUGAGCCAAAGAGAGACCUCCUUUCUUGAAACUUGUAGCAGUACUCAAAUGGAAAAAUCAGCCUACCUCCUUGAUUUAAGGGAAACAUGAACAGAAUUUAAAAAAAAAUUGCCUUUCUUUUCAAGUGGGAAAUGUUACUUUAAAGGCAUGUGAUAUACAACACAGUUCCUCAGGAAGUUCUUUACCACGAGAAGGAGCAAGGGAGGGAUUAUGAAUUUGAAGUGGUGGACAUUGCAAAAAUUUCUAUACUUUGAAAAAUCUGUUUAUUUUAGCAGUGCCCAAGGUCAAUCUUCCUCCUUGGUCUUUUAAGUUCCUGUCAUGCUAUUUAUGUAUUGCAUGCAAAAAGCAGCAGGAAGCUACUUGGGAGUGUAUGUUCCAAUCUGCCUUGUGAAACUGCAAGCUGUUGUAAUUAAAUAAAUAGAUCCUUUGUUUGAAGGAGAGUUUAAGCUCAAUACAGCAAGUUGGAAGUCUUAUUUCUUUCCUAAUGAGAAGAGGAAAAAACAAUUAGCCAUCAGCUUUUGGAGUUUGCAGAUUAUUUGGUUCAUAGAUUCAGUGUAUUUUAAUUGCUGUGGUUUUGUGGAACAUAUAAAUAUUUAUUAUGGUGCUGACCUGACAACAUUUGCAAAAUAUGGUAAGUGGUGCAGUUGGACUGAA